CGCCUCAGCACAAAAACAUCAAGCCUGGCUGCUGCGGCUGCUGUGCGCUUCCUAACGCAGCACAUGGUAGUUUCUGGGGGCCGCUUGUGGCGACGGGUAUCUGCAGGCAUUUAACCCCUAGCUUGCUUCAUCGUUCGCUUUGCCACUUCACCAAGCGGGUCGAGAUUAACAUCUGCAGCUGCGAGCUACUGUGUUUUUGUAGUAAAGUGCGGAACGCUGAGAGGAGGCGUCGCUGCGACUGGAAUCCGUCUGCUGCGUUCAAAGCCAACAUGUCGACCGGCACAAACCAGGUGAAAAGCUGCCCCAUCCCGACCAGGGUGCUCACCCUGAAGGACUGGUCCCAGCUGCCCGACUGUUACAGCCAAACACCCGGGGGGACCCUCUUCUCCACCACGCCCGGAGGUACACGCAUCAUCUACGACAGGAAGUUCCUCUUGGACUGUCGGAACUCCCCUCUCGCCAGGACGCCCCCGUGCUGUCUGCCGCAGAUCCCGGGGGUGACGGUGCCAGCCACACACGCACACCACACGGGCAAGCUGCAGGACCUCAAGGAGGAGGCCGAGGAGGAGGAGAAGGAUGUCGGAGAUGACAGCCAGUUUGAGAUGGACAUCUGAGCCAGCUGUAUUCCCUCCUGUGGAGUGUUACGUUAAAACGCCUUACAAGUCAUAAAGGACUCCAUAUGAAGCUUUUUUUUCCACCUUUUUUAUUAUUAAAAACAGGAACCUCUGGGGGGGAAGUAGCCAAAUAUAAGGUUAUUUACCUUAUAAAAUUGGGUGUUAAAUUGUUUUACUUUGGAUGGAUUGGUUGGUUGCUUGUUUCAAAGAAACUAUGGAAUCAAGUUUAAAAUCUGUUUUGAUUUAACCAUUUUUUUAAAAAAAAUCUUUUGUAAAUAAGACACUUGUAUUAUGUUUUAAGUUGAGGAUUAUGGUUAUUGCAUUAAAAUGUGUAUAAAAGAGGUCUUCAAUACAUGGAUCGGUUUGCUUUUUGUUUAAUUUCCUCCAUAAAAUGAGGAGGGGGGGCUUUCAUUGCGUGCCAUUAUGUGUAUCCCUUACAGUCGGUGUCUGGUUUCUAAUGAAAGAUCAGCUCUUACUUUGUUUUGUAUGGAGACAAGGAGUGAACCAUUUGGAAAAUAAAAAAAAAAAACUAAGAUGCCA